AUGCUCGGAGCAAACGAAUACACCACAGCAAUUGAUAUUUGGUCGUUGGGCUGCGUAUUGGGAGAAUUGCUUCUGGGGAGGCCUCUGUUUGCUGGAGAGACGAGCGUUGAUCAAUUAGUAAAAAUAAUUCAAAUCUUAGGCACGCCUACGCGCUGCCAGAUGUCGGCGAUGAAUCCAAAUUAUUUAGAGUUCAGAUUCCCUGAUGUUAAACCAAAAGAUUGGAAGGCAGUAUUUGCUUCUCACGACUGCGCACUUGGAGGAGAUAAGUCGUUUGAACAGGCGGUGGAUUUGAUGAGUAAAUUACUGCGAUAUGAGCCGGAACAAAGACUGCAGCCGUUAGAAGCACUUGCACACGAAUUCUUCGAUGAACUCAGGAAUCCAAAUACAAGGCUUCCUGGCGGAGGGGCUUUGCCUGAACUUUUUAGCUUUCUACCGAUUGAACUCGAGAGAAUGUCUCCGAAAACGAGGGAGAAAUGUUUGGCAGCAGCAGCAGAUAGGCGGCGGCUGUUGGAGAUGGGGAGCUAG